GAGAGAGAGAGAGAGAGAGAGAGAGAGCAGGAGGCAGGGAGGCGGACCGACCGAGAGAACACAAACAGAGGGAAAGAAAGAGAGAGCGCAGAGUGAGUGGAGAGACAGAGAGAGAGAAGGACUGCGAGAGGGAGAGAGAGAGAGAGAGAGAGAGAGAGAGGCGAAUGAGAGAAGUGCACAGAAAGAAGAGGAGGAGGGACAGAAAUCCCUACAAUAAAAAAGGACACAAGGAAAGUACACAGACGGAGAAAGAGAAAGGAAGGUACUCAGAGAAGGAGCGAGAAAGAGAGAGAGAGAGAGCGAGAGAGAGCGAGAGAGAGAGAGAAAGCGACAGUGACUGAGCAGUCGGACUGCUUUCCAGGAGCGUCUCCGUGCAGUGCUGCUGCGUUUGUGGAUGUAAAGUUUCUCAGCUGGCUUGCUGGCACGCGUGUGUGUGUGAGUGUGCGAGUGUUCGCACACACGUGUGUGUUUCGCAAGUGUGUGUGUGUGUGUGUGUCGCUGCUGCUCCGCUGACUUUCUGUAGGAUUACCAUGUGUGUCAUCUGACAUCCAGCCUUCAACACCAUGCAUCCACACACACUCGGGAGAAGCUGGCAGUGGCCUGUCUGCAAAGGGAAAUUGAGCGAAGCAAAAGUGAAGGAGCAAUGCGUGAGAAACUGAUUCACCAGCUGGAGGAGGAGCGGCGCCUGCGACUGGACAGCGAGAGGCGUCUGCGUGAGGUCACAGAGGAGUCGGAGCUGGGGCACACACAGAUGACAUCACUGCAGCAACACUUCUCCAGGAUGGAGGACACAGUACGAACGCUGUUGCAAAACCAAGGGGUCUUGGACUCGACAGCCAUGGACACUGUGGACAUCAUGAAGGUUUAUAAGGACAAGCUCUCGAAGGAGAUGGAGAAGCAGGAGGCCUCCGAGGAGAAGCGGGUGUGUCAGGCGGCGGAAGAGCAGCCAGCCAAGAGCGGCCAAUCGGAAGCCGAGAAAGAUGCGGCAGGGGACGAGGCGGGGGACGAGGCCAAAGAUGAGACCCGAACCCUUCUGGACAGACUGAAGGCUCUGGAGGAGGAGAACUCAGCCCUGGCCAUAGAGAAUGAGAACCAAAGAGGACAGUAUGAACGCUGCCUAGAUGAGGUCGCCAACCAAGUUGUGCAGGCUCUGCUCACUCAGAAGGAUCUGCGUGAGGAGUGUUUGAAGUUGCGCACUCGAGUGUUUGACCUGGAGCAGCAGAACCGCACCCUCAGUGUUCUCUUCCAGCAGAAGCUACGGCCUGCUUCAGACCUGCUGCUACAGAAGCUCUACUCUCGGCUCAUGGAUUUGUCCAGUGGGGAUCUGCUGAUGGACCAAGACAGGACCAAACAUCUGCUGUUAACCAGGAACACAGACUCACCACCACAUGAACUGACCGGUAAGGGUCUCCCGGUGGGGAAGUGCUCGAGCCAGCUGAGCCUCACUGCGUCGGUGUGUGCGCAUGCGUACGGCCGCAGCAGCUGCAGCAGCAGCGAGCUCUCGCUCUCCAGCGCCUGCAGCGAGUUCUCCAGCGGCUCCUACACCUGGAACGACAGCCGCUCCUGUGCCAAACUGUCCUCAUUAACCUGGGAGAAGAGGUCAGGCCUGGGCUCCUCGGUGCCCAGCAACAUCUGCGCUCCCCUGGAGGAUCAGUUCCCGGCUCGUCCCAAGGAGUGCCACAUCCUGGAGGGGCUGCGGAGGCUGCAGCGUCGCCGGCCGAAGGAGUCGUCGUCGUCCGCCUCCUCCCGCCGGCCCAAGUCGGCCUUCAAGGACUGCAUGAACUCCAACGAGGGCAUCUACUCGUUGGGGAUGAAGGCCGGCGGGUUGGGUGCCUCCAAGUCCGCUCCGAGCCCCCCCUGCACUUCUGCUCUGGUCAGGGAGGCCAGGAAGUUUGUCUACGACUCGGACGAUGCUGACGACGAGUCGGCGCACGUGGCCAGCGCCCGGCAGCGCUACAGUGUCCCGAGCAAGGACGGCGUCUGGCUGUGCUCGAAGAAGCUGUCACACAGCGUGUCGGACAGCCUGUGCAGCUGGGACGGGAUUCAGGACAGCGUCGGCGGGGGCAACGGCACGCAGGAGGUCCCCAGCGAGCCUCCUCCGCCCUACAGCUCGCAGGAGCGUCCGGAGAGGCUGCUGAGCUUCAUUAACGGCUUCCUCUUCAGCGGGAAGAGGUGCUCGGCGCCCACUCCCACUACGCAAAUGCAGUACGAGCUCAGCUCCACCGAGACUGACGGACCCCUGCACCUCUCCGAGUCGGACGACCCCGACGACAACGCUCGAGUGAAGGCCCUCUCGGAGCAGACGCCCGUUGCCCGACUGACCGCGGAGGUUCCCGAGAAGGACCCGAAGCGGUUCUCCAGGGAUUCGGACCAGAUGCACCGGCUCAGGAGGGAACAAGUGAGAGCACAGUCGGCGGACAGCCGGCCUCGACCUCUGAGUCUCGUGAAGGACCAGAAGACUUCGAAGGCGGUCCAGUCAGAGGAGAGCAUCUCCACCAUCUUCGACGCAGACGGCCAGCCGAUCAAACUCUGCGAGACGCAGGUGCGGCGCGGUGCACCUCUGUCGAACGUAGCACCUUCGAAUGAGACCCCGACCAAAAUGGGCCCCCCUGACUACGCGGAGCUCGUGGCGCAGGAGAGACCCAGCCGACUGAGAGGUGGCGGCCACAACAACAGGAACUACAGCGUUCUGGAGUCACCAGAGAAGCCCGGGGAGACUCACCUGCGGGUACAAAUGACCGGCCGGACCAGCAGCAGCAGGGAAGGAAGCACUGAGAGGCUGCAGAGCCAGCCUGGGACCCACCAGCACAAGCUCAUCAAGCCCCCUUACAACCGCACCAACAAGGGACACUCUGUGCCUCCGAUGACAAACGUCGCAAGCCCGGCAAAGGCUAGCAACACCAAGAUACCCGCAACACGGGGCAAGAGCUCCCCGUUAAAGGUCUCCUUGGGUCCAGGCACAGAACCGAGCGGGACCCCUGGGUCAAUGUCUCAGGAAAAAUCCCCUUCAUCACCUCCAGUAAAGCUUUCUAGGUUCCUGAAGGCGCCCAGCAGUGGACAGAGCCCCAAGACAGCGCCACUGUCAGGCUCCAAGCUGCCGGCUCGGGGUGAGUGGGGUCGGAGUUUGUCGAGCUCCCCUCACUUGUCCCGCAGGCACCUCGCCCACACUACGGACUAUGGCGAGCAGCCCACUCGAGACAGGCACUUUGAAAAGGCGAAAAGCGAACUCAGGUCUCCCUCCCCGCCACCUCCCCCCGGACGCACCACCUCCCUGCUCAUACGACCAAACUACGAGGCCUUGCCUCAAGCACUUAAAGCCGGAGGCCCCCCUCCCCCCACCACGCCCAACACUGUGAGGGGCCCUCCGCCCAGCUACCAGCCUCCAUCGAACCCCAAUAUGCAGCACUCGUGCCCUCAGAAGGAUGUGGACACUCUAGAAGUGGAUGCAGGGUAUGGUACGGUCAACCCGCAGAAAUUGGCAGAGAGUGGCGCCCAACACCACAACAUCCAGAAGUCUUCCUCCUCCUCCUCCUCCUCCAGUCAGACCCCCACCAAAGGGGGGUUGCCAAAACGGGUCCACACCAAACUCUACCUCUCCACGUCUUCUCCGGGCCAUGGGCCGUCAGACCAUCAGGACUUCCCGGCGCCCAAAACUUCCCAAAAGGCUGCCCCUCAGAAAGCGGCUUCGCAGCACAGUACAAUCCAGACCAAGAAGGCACCUCUUACUAACGAGAGUGGACACCUGUCGUCAAACAAGACUCCUGUCCAGCAAUGCCCGGCUCAGGACUGUGCAGAUCCCCGUUCCCCUCCCCAGGUGGCGUCCCACCAGCGGAGUCCCCACAACUCCGCAGAGGCCGCUGCAAAGACCCGUAUUCCCGUGGGUCUCAAGGCCUUCGUCAAGUCCCCCAUCGCCCUGAAGAAGAGCUCGACCAUCCCCGGGAAGCAGGAGAAGGACCACAUCAACACGGUCUCCAAGGAGACGGCCUCGUCGGAGGGACUGAGUCAGAGUCAGCAGACUGAGCAGCAGCAGCAGCAGCACGCGCCGCCACCCCCGCCUCCGUACCACCUCCACCUGCCUCCCGUCCGAGGCACCGCGGAUCCCAAAGCACUUCCGCUCCCACCCCCUCAGCGCAACUCGAUUGAGGAGAGCACCCAGACGACCCCUCCAGGGGAGGGCGGUGGGAUGUUGGGGGACAAGGCUGGGGACAGGGACAGCCGGCUGUUCAAGCGAUCCAUAUCCAUCACCACCAAACCUCACCUGAAGCCCGCUCUGGGCAUGAACGGAGCCAAGGCCAGGAGCCAGAGCUUCAGCACUAAUUACAUGGAGAAGCCCACCAUCAACACGGCAGCGGUGGCGGCGGCGAACGCAGACGGUCCGGGGAAAGUCCGCACUCAAAUCAUCACCAACACGGCGGAGAAGAGAAACUCGUUGUCAAGGCAGAGCUCCUUCGUUGAGGUCAUGCAGCAGCUCAAAGGCAGCGCUGGCCUGACAGAGAGCGGAUCAUCCCCGUCGGUCUCGAGGCCCACUCAGAUCGAAGGCAUCACCGGGUCGAGUAGCCACCACGGCCUCCCAGACAAGGCCACAAGAAUCGGCAGCAAAGGGGAUGUUGCCGUUCCCUCCCCUCAGAAGGAGGCUCGAAGCCUUCCUCUCUCGGACCGGCAGGGCCUCAAGAACUCUCGCCGACCGGCAAAGGUGUCCUCACACCCACAGUUCGAGUCCACUUCCUUUGCCAGCAGCCCAGAUGUGCUGCCCCAAGGGAAAGGCUCGACAACAAUUGGCAAGCAGGAAGUCCUGCCCCAGAAUCAGUCGACGGCCAAUCAGAGCAAGCCCGACGAAGGAGAGAAGGCGACCAACCCGUUGGUGUGUUCCAUCGAGGAGAAGGUGAUGAUGGGCAUCGAGGAGAACGUGCAGAAGAUCCAAGGGCUGGAGCGGUCCAACUCCUCCGAGGCCAAGCAGAAGACCGGCUCUUCGCUGGCCAACUGGUUCGGCUUCAGGAAGUCCAAGCUCCCGGCACUGAACGGCAAGAAGACGGAUAGUCCGAAGGGCAAGGAGGAGAAGAAGGAGCUGAAGAUCGGCUCGGUGCUCGGAGGUCGGCAGACAAAGGGCGACAAGAAGAAGGACAAGAAGAAAAAUGACUCGCAGAGCAAGGAGAGCCAAGAGUUUGUCAUCGCAGACAACAGCAAUAAAAUGAACUCCAUCAUGGAUCACUGCAAUAUUCAGAUGGGACACAUAACCAACCAGCUGCAGUCCUCCACCACCUACAUCGGCAAAGAUCAGUUGGUGAAGGAGCUGCUGGGCAGGACGGUGGCGAAGGGUGACCCCCACGCGGCGUCGGUGGCGGCCAUCUCUCUGGCCAGGAGGAGCGGGGAGAUGAAGGGCGAGGUAGAGAUCCGCUCCGAUACGACCAUCCUGGUGACCCAAAAAUUGACCCUACAUGGGGAGAGGGAGGAUGACCACGUUCCCGAACCUGUCUGUCAGGACCAUAUGAUCGGCUCGUCUUGUCAGAUGCGGACCCUCGACAGCGGAAUCGGUACCUUCCCGCUCCCCGACCCGGUCAAUCGCCAGGGCGGCCGAAACCCCCCCAAACCCGAGCCCUCUGCCGCUGCAGCCAUCGCCCCGGAGAUGGAGGAGGCCCCCAGCGCGACGACCACCUCCCCCGAUUCGCCUGACUCGCCUGUGUGCUAUCCCACAAUCCCCUGCUCCGCCACCAAAGUGCCUUCGUCCCUCCCGGAGCCCUGUCAGCAGGGGGCAAACAGCAUGGCGCACUCACCGCCUGACCCCGCCAGGGAGGCGGCCGGCCUUCUGCGCCACCCCAGCACCUCAGAUAUCAUUAGACCCAAGCGACUCAGUCAGAUCGAGUACACUUCCCAGCGGACGGCGAUCCCGGUGAGCAGCGGUAAGCCCGCUGAGAAGAGGAGGAACGCAAAGGACCAAACCCUGGCCCACCAGGACAGAGCGCUGCGUGUGUGCACGUACCCGGGCAGCAGCAGUGAUAGUGAGGGCGAGCUUCAGCCGGCGUGUGUGAACGAGGCCAACACCCUGAGGUCUCCCCAAAACACACAGCUCAACAAAACAAACAGCAUCAGCCAAGCUGGCCGAGUGGAGGAGUUGAAGAGGAGGAGUUUUGGCGGCGUGCGCUCCGUGACUGAGUACAGGAGCAGGAGCGGCAGCGGUGGCCUCGUGGCCGGACGUCCGGCCUUGAGGAAAGGGGACGGCUACGCGAGGCCGCGCUCCCAGUACCUGCUGCCCACGGAGACCACUGCGCCGGACCAGGCCAGAGACAAUCACAUUAAAUGGAAGAUUCCUGAAAGGGCGUCGGCCACCGUAGGGCCCCCGCAGGGCUUCUCGCGCAUCCCCCUGGAGUCCCUCAGCUGUCUGGGAGGCUCCACCUCCGCUGUGUCUGACCGACUGCACAGGAGCGUCUGCGGCAGAAGUGGUGGCAGCGGGGGCGUUGGCAUGGGGACGAGGACUGAUUCGUCCCAGCACACGGUGCCCCACCACAUCGCCCCGCGCAGCGACUCCAUCAUUUACGAAGGCUUCGCGUCCUCCUGUGCCAGUCAGGGCUCCAGUGUGGCCUAGACUCGAGGCUCCCCCACACCCAGACACACUUAAACACCCUCUUCCCUUCUCUCCACCCUUCGGCCAGGGCUUUGAGAGACACUUCCGGGGGUGGGGGCUCGGAGACCCACUUUAGCUCCCAAAGCCUUAGCUCCAGCUCAGGACCACAGAUGGUGCUUCAAGGCUCCCAGGCAGAGAGCACUUCCAGCGGGGAGCCCGGACUCCUAAGGGCCCUGGGGCUCAGGUGGUUCUCCCACCAACCAACCAACCUACCAACCAACGCAAGCACUUACCUGCAUAAGGGAUGUCUCUGUCUCUUUGACCCCUUCAGAGAACAAGAACAGUAGUAGAUCAUUAGGCUUUAAAAAAACAUAUGAGACUACAGAGAUGGAACACUCUCAAGAGCAAUACUGGAUGACUAAGGAUAUUUCGGGUAUAGAUGUACUUUUUUGUUGUCGUCGUUAUUGUUUUUUCCUCCAUUUAUAGUUUCCAUCGAAACAUAAUCUUAAUGCGGGGGUUGUCUCCUUAUCCUCUGUGUAGCAAUAGGCUGGCUGGAAAUUUUUUUUUUUUUUUUGCAAUAUGAAAUGAGAUGCUGUUUGGGGUCGAAAGAAUCAGGAGACAAAAAAAAUAAUAAUAUAAGAAAUAGAGCUUUAUUUCCAAAAUCAGUCGUUCCCUCCCUCCCUCCCUCAUUUCCCACAUCUCUUUCUCUCGGUUGGUCUUGCUUUCAGAGGUAUGAGGUAAAUGCAUUCUACAUCGCCGCUUGUAGGCCGGUAGUUUAAUGGUAAUGGCUCCUGUGCUUGCAAUAGCUGUGGAAAGCACAAAAAAAACUAAAUCCAGACAAUACUUUGUUGUCAAACUUGAAAACAAAUGACUCUGUCUCCAUUGCUAUUCUUGACCACAGCGGAAACCACCGGGUGGUGGCCCUGCCUCCCUCCCUCUGUAUCCUGGCAUGACAAAUCUUCAAAAGACAAAUAUUUUCAUUGUUCGGUCUCUCUCCCCCGUUUACUGCUUCCAUUCCUCUGAUUGCACAGAGCAAUACGCACGGCUGAAACCGCUGAAAAAUAACUGGGGGAUAAAGGAGGAAGAAGAGAAGGAGAAAAAACACACUUACCGUUUUCCG